UUGAUACAGUCUGACGUCUAAGUGACGAGACAAUUACUUAAAUCGAAGUAUCAGACUAUCAACGAGAUAGCAUAAACGCACACGCACGCACGCACGCAUAAAAAAUUCCGGCUAUUUCCGUAAAAUCGGGCUUGGCAUUUGGAAAACGUUAGCGGCGCUGACAAUCGAUUGUCUCGAGGGUAGACUCCGAUUCCGACGUCUCUCCGACACUCGAUUCUCCGAUAUGCCGCUAAGCUCGUAGCCCACAGUUGACACAUAAGCAGCCGUUUACUGAUGGUGAUUCAAAAGCUCGUCGUUUAACCGUCGUUUUCGCGAGAAUCGCAGGAUGCUGACCCGCUGUGAUAUUUUUCAUUUCAAAGUACUUAUACUCGCGUGUCUCCUGAUACAUUUGCCAAACAAUAUAGCGGAAGAAAUAGGAGAAGGAGCAGUUUCGCUUACCUAUAAUAAUAUUGAUGCAACAUUAGCUGAGAAUGAACUUGUAUUUAUAAAUUUCUAUGCACAAUGGUGUCGCUUUAGCAACUUACUAGCUCCAAUUUUUGAUAAAGCUGCAGACAAGAUUAGAGCAGAAUUUCGAGAACCAGGAAGAGUAGUAAUGGCUAAAGUGGAUUGUGACCAAGAAACAUCUGUAGCAUCUAGGUUUCAUAUAAGCAAAUACCCAACAUUAAAAGUAAUAAGAAAUGGUCAACCAACCAAAAGAGAGUACAGGGGUCAACGAUCAAUCGAAGCAUUCCAAGAAUUUGUCAGGAAGCAACUGGAAGAUCCCAUUAGAGAAUUUUUUGAUUUAAGAGAACUUAAUGAACUUGAUGAUAAAAAGCGUAUGAUUAUUGGAUAUUUUGACAGAAAAGAUAUACCAGAAUAUGAAUUAUUCAGAAAGGUUGCCACUAAUUUGAAGGAUGAUUGCCAAUUCCAUGUUGGUUUUGGCACAUGCUCCAAUCAAAACUGUGAAAUUGGACAGCACUUUCAUUUGCUGAAUGCGAGUAAUGCACUGCAUCCUCCAGGAGAGCCUAUUAUUGUCUUCCGAUCCGAUAAAGCCCUAUCCAAUGAUGAAGAUGAAACUUAUAGAGGAAGUUUGACUAAUUAUGAUGAAUUAAAUGUAUGGGCACAAGAAAAGUGUGUUCCGCUUGUAAGAGAAAUAACGUUCGAAAAUGCGGAAGAACUAACAGAAGAAGGGCUGCCAUUCCUUAUACUAUUCCAUGCUCCCGAUGACAUAGAAAGUGUCAAGCUGUACAAAGAUAUUGUAACUAGAACAUUAAUAAGCGAGAAACAAAAUGUUAAUUUCUUAACCGCUGAUGGCCUGAAAUUUGCACACCCACUGCAUCAUUUAGGAAAAAGCACAGCAGAUCUACCAUUGAUUGCAAUAGAUAGCUUUAGACAUAUGUACCUGUUCAAAGAUUUCAAUGACAUAUAUGUGGAAGGAAAACUUAAAGCAUUUCUUCAAGACUUAUAUUCUGGCAAACUUCAUCGUGAAUUUCAUUACGGUCCUGAGAUCACUAGUAAUGAUAUACCACAAGUUACUGGAAAACAAGUGAAAACGCCCACAACACCACCAGAGUCUGCAUUCAAGAAACUGGCGCCAAGCAAAAAUAGGUAUACAAUAGUUAAGGAUGAACUGUAAUGAGAUUGGAGUGUAGUGUGAUGCAGUGAGAUUUUCGUAAUUAAUUUAUAUACAGUUACUAAUAAAUUGGAUAAAGUGAGUCACAUAGCGACUUUCCAAUUCAAUAUACAUGUUUCAUAAUAUAUUUCAUAAUAUAUUUGUAACAUGAGUCUUCUAAAAUCUCGAUGAAUCCGUUUUUUCUUCUCUAACUUGUAUCCCUUCCAUAUUUUUAGCGGGAUCGUGAUUUUUGAUUUAUUCACUUGUUAUUUAAUAAGACGACAUUAUUUAAAAUUGUUUGUUAGCUGCUUAUAUAAUUUUCAUAUCCAAGAAAUAUGACAUAAUACAUAUAAGAAAAUCCUCAUACAUUGGUGCAAUUUAUUGUCGGCAUAAAAAGAAAUGGCAAAAAAAAGUAAAAUAUUCUUUUGCUUUUGAUAUUUUAAUUCUUUUGUAAAUGUGAGUUGCCGAAAAUAGUUUUUUGUAAUGACAGUAAAAUGUCAAAUUUUAUAUCUACCAGUGUCAAUAAUUAUGUAUCAGAUUUUUGUAUGUAUAUUAUUAUUAUGAAGCAACCAUGUAAUUUAAUGUCGUUAUUGUUGAUUUAUACAAUUUCGAUAUAAAUCUGAAAUAUGUUUUUGUAUGUAAAAAAGUUUAAUUUACUCCGUAUCCCUUAUAUUCAGUAGCUCUUACACAAUCAAUAUUAUUCAU